AUGGCCGCACCUCAGAUUGUUCUUCGCGCUUUAUCGGCGACAUUGAGCCGUUACUCUAGACGUCGCCACCACUUAAGCCCGGCGAGAUUGAUAAUCUCGUCCGACGCAAGAGCGACGGGACCUGUUAAACAACCAGUUCCAGUCGCGGAUCGAGAAAUUGCGUCCAGAGGUGCGAAGCUAAGUGCGGUCCCCGACGUCACCUGGGACCGGCUGCCCCGUAACAAGUGCUCCUCCAUAAUACGCGAAAUGACGGGCAAUCCGCCCCUCUCGAGCAUUAACCAAAAGGCCGCGCUG